ACAUUAUCCGUGUUUGGCUUUAUUCCUUUCUUUUUGACUUGGAUAAAACUAAAACCUCGUCUGAAACUUGGAAAGUUGGAUGAGAUAUCAUGGAGAACUUCAAUUGAAUUCAUUUCAGGCCUUAAAUGCACAGCACAGUUCCUUGUUGAGAAGCACAACUAAGAGCACUAGAGGAAGUGAUUCAGAUUCCAUCAUAUCAAAAAUGGAGAAAUUAGUCUCUCUUGUCCAUUCUCAAUGCCUUGUUUUCCUUCUCAUGAAGUAUCUAUUACUAUCAGAAACAGUAAUGGCAGAACCAAGGGCUAAGACAGUAAAAAUAAUAUGUGGCAAUCAGCUAGAGCACAACACAACUAUCUUUGUUCCGAAUUUUGUUGCAACUAUGGAGAAUAUCAGUGAACAGAUGCGCAGCACAGGAUAUGGCACAGCAGUUUCAGGGACAGGACCUGACAUUAACUAUGGUCUGGCUCAGUGCUAUGGAGAUCUUUCAUUACUAGACUGUGUGUUGUGUUAUGCAGAGGCGCGAACGGUUCUUCCCCAAUGCUUCCCUUACAAUGGAGGUCGUAUUUACCUUGAUGGUUGCUUCAUGAGGGCUGAAAACUAUAGUUUCUAUAAUGAGUAUAUAGGUUCUGGAGAUGAAGCUGUUUGUGGAAACACAACAAAGAAGAACUCGAGUUUUCAAACAGCAGCAAAGAGUGCUGUUUUGAGUGCUGUUCAAGUUGCAACACUCAACAAUAUAGGCUAUGCAAGGGAGAAGGUUGUUGUAUCAGGAACAGCUAAUGAGUCAGCUUAUGUUCUGGCUGAUUGUUGGAGGAGUUUGAACACAAGCUCUUGCAAAGCAUGUCUUGAGAAUGCAUCUUCUUCGAUAUUGGGAUGCUUGCCCUGGUCAGAAGGGCGAGCACUGAACACUGGAUGCUUCAUGAGGUACUCAGACACAGAUUUUCUUAAUAAGGAACAGGAUAAUGGAAGUUCAAGAGGUAAUGUAGUAGUGAUAGUGGUUGCAGUAGUCAGUGCAGUGAUUGUUUUGGUGAUUGGAAUAGCUAUUGGGGUUUAUAUCCGCAAACACAGAUAUAUUCAAAAGAAACGAAGAGGUUCAAAUGAUGCAGAAAAGUUAGCCAACACCCUUCACCACAAUAGCUUGAACUUCAAGUACUCUACACUGGAGAAGGCUACUGAAUCUUUUGAUGAAGCUAAAAAGAUUGGACAAGGAGGAUUUGGAACGGUUUAUAAAGGAGUUCUGCCUGAUGGAAGAGAGAUUGCUAUCAAGAGGUUAUAUUUCAACAACAGACAUAGAGCAGCAGAUUUCUACAAUGAAGUCAACAUAAUCAGUAGUGUGGAACACAAGAAUCUAGUUAGACUGUUAGGGUGCAGUUGUUCAGGACCUGAAAGCCUUCUUGUAUAUGAAUUUCUACCCAACAAAAGUCUUGAUCGCUUCAUAUUUGAUAAAAACAAGGGUAGACAACUAAACUGGGAGAAGAGAUAUGACAUUAUCAUUGGGACAGCUGAAGGAUUGGUCUACCUGCAUGAGAGCUCCAAAAUUAGGAUAAUUCACAGAGAUAUAAAAGCCAGCAACAUCUUAUUGGAUGCAAAACUUCGUGCUAAGAUUGCAGAUUUUGGUUUGGCUAGGUCCUUUCAAGAAGAUAAGAGCCACAUCAGUACAGCUAUUGCGGGAACUUUGGGUUAUAUGGCUCCAGAGUAUCUAGCACAUGGUCAGUUAACAGAGAAAGCAGACAUAUAUAGUUUUGGAGUGUUACUGCUAGAAAUAGUUACUGGGAGACAGAACAACAUGAGCAAAACAUCAGACUAUUUAGAUAGCCUAGUUACAUUGACAUGGAAGCAUUUUCAGUCAGGGACUACAGAACAAUUAUUUGAUCGAAAUCUAGUGUCGAACGACAACCACAGUAGCCAUGUUAAGAAUGAGAUGUUAAGAGUGGUGCACAUAGGACUUCUAUGCACCCAAGAAAUCCCCUCAUUACGACCAACUAUGUCAAAGGCACUACAGAUGCUAACAAAGAAGGAAGAGCACCUUGCAGCUCCCUCUAAUCCACCCUUCAUUGAUGAAAGUACCAUGGAACUUCAUGGCAAUAGUGACGACCCAUUUUUACCUCUCAAUGCAGCAGAUUCAAUAGCUACUAUUUCCCAUAGCUCUUUUUAUCCGAGGUAAUGGGAAGCUAAUACUGUACAAGUUACAAUGUUUGAACUUUGAACACAAUUUUU